GAAAUGCGGCGGAGCUCCUUUUCCCCGCUCCAUCUUCGCUGCGUCGCGGCAGAGGGUCCCUGCGGCUGGCUCCUGGGCUGCGGCCUCCCUCCCUCCCUCCCUCCCUCCCUCCCUGGCUGCCUCCUCCGGGCAGUUUGCAUGCAUUGUCUGCCUCCCGAAAUGGUGUGCGAGACCAAGAUCGUGGCCGAGGAGCAUGAGUCGGUGCCGGGCGGCAAGAAGGAGAGCGCGGUCCUGGCAGCCCCUUCCUCCUCCUCCUCCUCCGCCCCUUCCCCUCCUCCGAUGUGGGGCCCCUCCGCGUCGCCUGCCCCUUUCCCAGCCCCGGGGGACGAGGAGGAGGAGGGCUCCCGGGAGGGGGUCUCCAUCCGCCCCUUCCAUCCCUCCGAGCAGGAGGUGGUCCGCCGCAUCUUCAACGAGGGCAUCCUGGAGCGGAUCCCCAACACGGCCUUCCGCGGACUCAAGGACCAGCCCUUCGCCCAGGUCCUCUACGGGGCCAUGGCCGUAAUGUGCUUUGUUGUGACCAAGUCCUUGCUGCUGACCUGCUGUUUACCCAUCUUUCUAAUGGGCAUGAGGUACUACUUCAGUAGAAAAGUUAUUCUCAACUAUCUCAAGUGUGCACUGAAUACAGACAUGUCUGAUAUUGAGCAAUAUUACAUGAAAUCACCAGAAUCAGCAGAAUUGAAAGAAGAGAUGCCCUCAUGCUGGACCAAGCUUACUUGCAGAUCCUACCCUGUUGGUGAGAAAUCUCCAGGAACCUUCAGAACAUCCCUCAGAAGAAGUGACGUAUCCUCCCCCCCAAAAAUCUUUUGCAGUAAAAAAGGUUCCUGCUUCUGGGUUGCAGUGCUAAAUGGCAAUGUGGUGGGCAUUGUAGCUGCAAGAGGCAAUGAAGAUGACAACACUGUGGAGCUGCGCCGCAUGUCUGUUGACUCCAAAUACCGUGGAAAAGGAAUUGCCAAAGCUCUUGGUCGCAAAGUGUUGGAGUUUGCAAUGGUCAAUAACUAUUCAUCUGUUGUCCUAGGAACCACAGCUGUGAAGGUGGCAGCCCACAAAUUGUACGAGUCUUUAGGAUUCAAGCAUGUAGGUGUUGUUGAACACUACUCUCUGCCUGGGAUGACACAUUCUUUUCUAGAGCAAAUGUUUUUUCAGCUUCGCUACCACCGCUAUUGCCUGCAGCUGCGUGAAGAAUAAAAAAGCCCCAAAUUAAGUUUGUUCCUCCCCAAAAUCUCCUUUGCCAGUGUUUUGUGGGAGCUUUUGUCAUUGUUUAUUUGCAGAUUAUUUUAUUUUUAUUUCAUAAACAUAUUUGUUUAUUUGCUUUGUACAUGUUGCUUGUACAAACAAAAGGGUCCUUCCUUUCUGACAUGCUUGUAGAAUGAUGGUGCUAAUGCUGGAGGUACUGCUGGGCUGGCUGUCCUUGACGCAUACAUUUGUUCAGUGGCUGAGGAGGUCAGGACUGACACACUUUUCUCUCCCUCUCCCAGUCUUACCCAGGCUACCUACUAAGCACAGAAACUUUAAAUACAUAACAGUACUGCUUGUCUUGUGUACAGUUGCCCCAUCCCUGAAAUACUUUUUAAAAGGAGUGAUAUUUCAUGAUACAGCUAAAUGCAGAAAUUUUACUUGAAUGCAUUUCUCAAUAGUUUGUGGACAAGUAUGCAUUCAUGUCAUAUUGGUUAAUAAUAACUGGAAAAAUGUGAAAAACCUGCUUGCUAUAAUGCAUGAAGAGGAAGUGUUUGCAUGCAUUCAAACACAUGGCACUGCCAAGUAGGCUCCAAUAUUGCACUUUUGGGAUGUACCUCGUUCUGCCAACGGUCUUAAGAAUCACGGUGCAUCUGAUUACUAUGACUUGUUUCUUUUCCCUCAUUUUCUCCUUAAACCAGCAUAUAUGAACCCUGAGCCCAUUGUAACAUAUGUAAAUUACUGAGAUACUAUUUGCGCUGAUGUAUAUUUAUAACCUGAAUUCCUGUGCCACACAUCUCCAUAUGAAGUAGAAUUCCUUCUGAUUUAUUUUUAUCUUCAUGUAUAAUUUUGUUUAUUGUACUUACUUACUUUAUUCAAGUGCUAGCUUUUGCUGACUGAUUUCACAGUGGCAAAAUAGAAGCAUCUGUUUCUAUGGCAACAUGUGCACCAAAUCUAAAUGCUUCAAAAAAAAAAAGCAAUAUGCAAAAACAUGGAUAACUGAAGCUGCAAGUUUGGCUGAAGGUAUCAGGGAAAGCAAAGAUAUUACUUUAAUCAGUUGCUAGUGGAUAAAUGUAGACAGCUUGCCACAAAGAGUAACUACUGCUUUAAUGAUGCCAGAUUUGUGACUUGUACCUUGUGAGUUGCACACAGUGCAAACAGCAAUGCAACACAGAUUGGACAUGUGUCUGUACUGUACCUGCCACAAAAAUAACUAAGGUUACAGCUUUUUAUAGCUUGAAAUACCUAACUAAUUCUAUAACUAAUUUCAAGAAAUAGCUACUCUGCAUGAAGUAUUUUCUUACCUGUCAGGGGAGAUACCAUGAUCAUGAAGUGUAUCUUGAUAUAAUUCAGAAAUGCUAAGAACAUUUCUGAUUGCACUUAGUUUGGAUGGAUUUUUUUUAAAAAAAAAAUCCCCCUUUGAAGAGAAAUCUCAUUUAACAUUUUGUCUAAGCAUGUGCGUGUGUGUGUGUGCAUGCACACACACACAAUUAUAAGCAAGAUAAAGUGUCAGAGAUGAGGCGGCAGACAAAUUCAAGUAAAUGAGGGAGAGACCCUUUCAUUAAGCAGUAAUGUCAACAGUGCUUCAGAGCUUCUCCUGGAAUCCUAUAUCACCUUUACUUAAUGUAACAUUUAUGUAUUCUUAGCUAAGUAGAGGCCCUACAAAACAUUGUUAGUGA